CACGUGAUCCUACAUUUUGCAGUCAUCGGGAGAACAAAUCCUUCAAGCAAACUGCACCUACUAUCAAGAAGAAGAAGAUCCUAGAUUUGGGCAUGGUAGAUGAUACAGAAAGCAGUACAAUGUCUGUCACAAAUCCUUUUACUGCGGCAGCAUUAAGACCACAAGUCAGUAGAAUAAAUAUGCCUGGAAGAUCGACCCCAGCCAGCAUACUAGCAGAUUCGUUCUUGGCUCCUGAAAACUAUCUUUACUUACCAGAUGUACCAAGAAUAACUCCGGACAAUAAUGAUGAAGGUCUCCAGACACUAGCAAUUUUAGCUAAAGAGAACCUCCAUCGUGAAUAUUUUAAAAUAAACUCGGCUCUCCAGAAAAAAUGUGAAUAUAUGAAGCGAAGUUUAAAUAUUGAGGACCUAAAUUAUCUGAAGCCUUCAAACAAGAAAGGAAAAGGAGAAAAUUACUGCAGGAUUAUUGAAAUCAAUCAAACACAACGUUCAAACUUAUCAGAAGCCCUUCUGCCUGCUUCUCUUUCACCUCCACACAUUCAAAGUUCUGACUUCUCAACUAGUGUACCAACAUAUACUCAAACAUAUUUACCAGCUGCAGAACAAACACCAAAAUCAUUGAAUUCUGUACUUGCUGCAGAACUGGAGGAAAUUUAUGAAUCUCAAGCAAGCAUUUCUGAUUGGCAAAAAAGAAGAAAAAAUAGUGAGAUUAAAUGGGGAGAACGUAGGUCAAUGUUGUUUAGCUGGACAUUGUCAAAGUUGGGUGUUCCAGAUAAAGGCAAAUGUUGUGUACAAUGUAGAAGUUGUGAGGCAAGCAUAAAAUGUGAAGACUGCUUUCAUUUUUUGUGUCAUAAAUGUGAUCAGCAGCAGCAUUUUGUAAUGCCUUUCCACCAGCGAUUCUGCUGGAAAAAUGGGUUCUUCGAGCCUUUAGACCCAACACAAACUGUGUGUUCAGAUGGGAAUGUCAUUCACUGGAAGCCUGUUGUACCAGCACAUCCACCUAAUUCCUGCCCAAACUGCAGUGAGAGCAAGUUCACAACUUUAAGCUCCAAUAAUUUGUGCAUCUUUGUAACUUUAAGUGGAAGGUAUGAUCUGUAUACCCCAAUAUUUAGGUGCAAGUGCGGAUAUGUAGAUGAAGAACUUGGGAAAGCCAUGCACCAGUCUGGUUUUUAUUCAACUGGAAGAAAUAGUAGCACUUUCUACAGCAUAAAUCUAUUGGAUUCCUGGCAUUUUCUCAAGAGAAGCAGCCCUGGAACUUCUCUUCAGGCAUUAGUUAGUGCACUGGAAUUAUUUGGUGCUUCUCGAGGGCGUCAUGGUCCCAUCAAUUUUGAAACAACAAAAAGAGUCUUCUUUGAAUGGCGUUUCCAUCAGUAUGAACUUGGGAGAAUAAAAGGAGAAUUUGACAAGGGGUGCCCUGCAUGUGAUACAACACCUGUGGCUGUACAUAUUGAUGGCAACAAGAAACUGUAUCGUUACAACAAAGUUGGGAGAGGGAUCAGAAACUCAUAUUAUUCUGGUGGUAUCUUCGCUUGUGACAAAGAAGUUCAAUAUCACGUUUCCACUAUUCAGAACCUUAAAACUCAAGUUUUGUAUGGAGGGCGGUGGCAAGAAGGAAGUGGCCUGACAUCUGGGGAGGAGGCAGAGCAAGUAUUUUCCUACCUUUCAAGAUAUAACAACAACACUAAGAACAUGCUUAAAGCUGAGCGUACAGAAGAACUGACAGAGGGGGCACUCUUUUGGAAUCACAGAAAAAUUAAUGGAAUGCCUCGGGCAUUAGUUGCCAGAUUCAGAAAGGUUUUGUAUGGAGGGCGGUGGCAAGAAGGAAGUGGCCUGACAUCUGGGGAGGAGGCAGAGCAAGUAUUUUCCUACCUUUCAAGAUAUAACAACAACACUAAGAACAUGCUUAAAGCUGAGCGUACAGAAGAACUGACAGAGGGGGCACUCUUUUGGAAUCACAGAAAAAUUAAUGGAAUGCAUCGGGCAUUAGUUGCCAGAUUCAGAAAGGCCACAGAGACAGCUGCAGCAGUUUCAAAUGAGAUUCACAGGCUUAAUGUCCCAGAAUCUGUUAUUGAGAAAUGGAGAUCAGAAUUACUGAUCAUUGCAAGAUCCUUAAAUAACAGAUCCUCUGCCAAUAACAUUGAGCAUACAAUCGAGGCAUAUGGAGAGAAUAUAAGGCAUCGCAAAAAUCAGAUUACCACUUAUGCAGUGUCCCUGACUGAAAAAAGAAGUGCAGUGGAAAAGUUUGAGCUCCAGAAGAGAUGUAGAGAGGAGGAAUCACUAACCAUUCAAGAAAUGAUAACAUGGUUACAGUACUACAAAAAGAAAAGGGACAAACUAUCAGAGUAUAUUCAAGAAUUACAAUGUGAUUCUUUCCCUUCAUGUCUCUGCAAGGAUUCUAACACGUACACCAUUGAAAACCCAAUUCUGUCAGAAGAAGAGAAACAUGGAUUAUUGGCUCUUCUCAAGCAGGGUCAAAAGCAAUGUGCUGACAAGCUUACUGAAGCCAAACAUUUAUUUAGUUCCUACCAGCCAAAUGAGGUCUAUGAGCCUUUCUUGGAGCUCUUAGAAAGUGAUGAAGAUGAAGACAUGUAUUUACAAAAUGAAUAGAUACAAAUGAACAAAUCCACAAGGGCCAUGAUGAGGGUUCGAACCUAUGUCCGAGAGGAUCCCACACGAGCCUUAAUGGACUGUGUUACGACAUGGCAAAAGAAUUCCAACCGGGAGUUCAACUGACCUCAAUCGUAGAUUUAAGGCAUCACGCUAUUGUGAUUUCUGUGUUUAACAAAUAGAUACAAGAUAGGCUCUUAAAUUUUUAAAUUUUUACUUACUUACUUUUGUCCUGUUGCUUGGUUACAUGAAUUGACCACACAAAUUAUGUUGCUUAGUUACAGAGAUUCUUAUAACUACAUGAAUUUUGUUGUUCUUUUAUAAGCCCAUUAUGUGCCUCUAAAAAUUUCCACUGCCACUCACAGGAUGGGUAUGUUGUGCAUAAUAAAUAAACUAAACUAAUAUUUUAUAUGCAUAUACUUUUGUCAUUUAAUACAAUAAAACUGGGUUAUAUUAAAAUAUUUUCCUCA